ACGCAGCCCCAUUAAACCACACCACACCUCUUCCCAACUGUGAAGCUGUUAGAGAGAGAGAGAGAGAGAGAGAGAGAGAAUAAUAUGGAGAAGGAAAUGAAGCAAUCCAAAUUCAAGAGAAUUUGUGUGUUCUGUGGAAGUAGCCCAGGAAAGAAAAGCAGUUAUAAGGAGGCAGCUAUUGAGCUUGGAGAAGAAUUGGUUUCAAAGAACAUUGAUUUGGUUUAUGGAGGAGGGAGUGUUGGCUUGAUGGGGUUGAUUUCCCAAGCUGUUUAUGAUGGUGGUAGACAUGUCAUUGGAGUUAUCCCCAAGACACUCAUGCCUAGAGAGAUAACUGGAGAAACAGUGGGGGAAGUGAAGGCAGUAGCAGACAUGCACCAAAGGAAGGCAGAGAUGGCUAAGCACUCAGAUGCCUUUAUUGCCCUACCUGGUGGUUAUGGGACUCUUGAAGAACUUCUUGAAGUGAUCACAUGGGCCCAGCUGGGAAUCCAUGAUAAGCCUGUGGGAUUGUUGAAUGUGGACGGGUUCUAUAACUCGUUGUUGUCGUUUAUUGACAAGGCUGUUGAAGAAGGUUUCAUUAGUCCAACCGCGCGACACAUAAUUGUUUCUGCCCCUACUGCUAAGGAGCUAGUGAAGAAAAUGGAGGAAUAUUUCCCACGCCAUGAAAGAGUUGCUUCAAAGCUAAGCUGGGAAAUUGAACAGCUAAGCUACCCCACAAUAUGUGACAUUUCAAGAUGAGCAAAUUAAGACCUGGGCAGACAGAGACUGGCCAGCUACCUCUUCUUUGUUGAAAGGAAACUAAUUUUAGAUUACUGAAACCUUUCCCCAAACUGGGAAUUCCAUUUUUCUGUAAUUUCCCUGUUUUGUUAGUGUAAACUGCAA